AUGUAUGUCGACCGAGAAGAGAAGAUACUGGUUAUGGUGAGAUUGAGGCCCCUAAACAAGAAAGAGAUUGCAGCUAAAGAAGCUACGGAUUGGGAAUGUAUCAAUGAUACCACCAUCUUGUACAGAAACACCUUGCGCCAAGGCUCAAAUAUUCCAUCUGCAUAUUCAUUUGAUAGAGUAUACGGAGGUGAAUGUCCCACCAGGCAAGUUUACGAGGAUGGAACCAAGGAAAUCGCACUAUCGGUUGUCAAAGGAAUCAAUUGUAGUAUUUUCGCAUACGGCCAGACGAGUAGUGGAAAGACAUACACCAUGACUGCUAUUACUGAAUUUGCUGUGGCUGACAUUUUUGACUAUAUUUUUCAGCAUGAAGAAAGGGCCUUUUCAGUGAAAUUUUCAGCUAUAGAGAUCUACAAUGAGACCAUACGUGAUCUGCUUAGCUCUGAUGGUACAUCCCUGAGGCUACGAGAUGAUCCUGAGAAAGGGACAGUGGUUGAAAAAGCCAGAGAGGAAACUCUGCGAGACUGGAACCAUUUCAAGGAGCUUCUAUCUGUUUGUGCAGCACAGCGUAAGAUUGGUGAAACAUCGUUGAAUGAGAGAAGCUCCAGAUCUCAUCAAAUUAUCAAACUGACAGUUGAAAGUUGUGCAUGUGAGUUGUUAGGCAAAGACAACUCCACCACCCUCAUGGCUAGUGUGAGUUUCAUAGAUCUGGCGGGAAGCGAGCGUGCAUCACAGACGAUGUCAAGACUCAAGGAAGGCUGCCAUAUCAAUCAAAGUUUGCUUGCUCUUGGAACUGUUAUCCGUAAACUGAGUAAGGGAAGACAAGGAGGGCACAUCUGCACUCUGAGCCCCGCGAGGAGUCACGUAGAGCUGACCAAGAACACUCUCUCGUUUGCCUCCUGUGCAAAGGAAGUUACCACAAAGGCGCACAUCAACGUUGUCAUGUCAGACAAGGCUCUUCUGAAGCAACUACAAUGUGAGCUUGCGAGGCUUGAGACCGAGCUCAGAAACGCUACCUCAAACUGUGACUGUGCGAUGAAGAAAGAUAUUCAGAUACAAAAGGUUUGGUUUUGUAACUGUGUGAUGGGUUAA